CCUUCGGGUAAGAAUCUUUGACUUGACCUGAAGGGUCUACUUGCCUGAUUUCUGCCAUUGAAUCAACGAAGAAAUAUGGCUGCAAUUAGUCGCUCAUUUCGGCCUGCUAGCAGACUGUUGUCCAGCACAGCACCCUUAAUAUCAUCAUCUAGAGGAUAUGCCGAUGAAAUGUCAUUUACGUUCGCUGCAUCAAACCAGGUUUUUUAUGAAAAUGCGAGUGUACGUCAAGUAGAUGUGCCAUCAUUCAGUGGUACAUUUGGUAUUCUACCACGCCAUGUCCCUACUCUGGCUGUCCUGCAGCCAGGAAUUGUUACAGUUUUUGAAAAUGAUGGAAGUAGUAAAAAGAUAUUUGUCUCCAGUGGCACUAUAAGUAUUAAUGAGGAUUCAUCUGUUCAGGUCCUGGCAGAAGAGGCUCACCCAGUAGAGAAUUUGGACCCUAGUGCCAUUCGUGAUAUUGUAACGAAAGCACAGUCAGAACUAUCAGCAGCGGCAGAUGAUCGUGCCAAAGCAGAAGCAGCGAUUGCGGUUGAAGUUGCAGAAGCAUUGUCAAAGGCUGUCAGUUAGAUAUACAUGAAUGCAGUACAAAGGACUGUAGCUGAAUAUUAUUUGUUUAGGUUUCUUGUACAUGAAUCAGUGUAACAUUGUAUGUGGACGCCACAUGUACUUCCUGAAAAAUGUUAAUAAUAAAAAGUUGUCACUCUUGUCAA